AUGGACGAUAUGCAGCUCAAGACCCAACCCCGGUCACACUCGUCUAGGCGCAUACCGGGACAGAAUAAGGCCUUCCGAGUUCCGAACUACAAAUCAAAGGAUUCCUUAGCGUGUGGGUCUGAACCACCUGCACAGGUCUAUCAUUCCCGCCGGUCUCAUCGGAAAUCUCGCGCCGGCUGUGUGAACUGUAAGCAACGAAGAGUCAAGUGUGAUGAGGCUAAACCUCAUUGUAUUCGAUGUCAAAAACAUGGCAUCGAGUGUGACUACUCGAGCCAGCCAGCCCGACCUCAAAAGACGAAUAAUGUCGUUUCCAAAUUCAUCAAUGCCAACCCCGAGUUGACACCGAUUGAUUCACUAGCCUCUUCAAUGUCUCUGAUGAUGGUCGCGGAUAGGCUGAAAGAAUUACUGCACUCACCCUCCGGUACCAAGAUGCCGAGAUUACUCACAGAUGCCACAGCAUCAACCCGCACUAUGGAAGCAUUGCAUCAUUUCCACAAAGCCCCAGCCUUUGCAACCGGAAGCGACGCACCUAUUCGAAUAGUAAUGGGGAAAGUGGUUGAACUUGCCUUCGAAACACCCUUUCUCAUGCACGCCAUAAUAGCAUCCGCAACAACCCACCUCUGCACUCUCCUUCCAGACAACAAAGACUACCGCCUAGCAGAAGCCUACCACUGGCAACAAACAAUAAACCAAUACUCCGCCGAAUUCUCCAAAAACAUAACCCGCCAGAACAUGGACCAGCUCUACUCCGCCUGCAUGAUGAUCAGCAUGCACUCCUUCCUCCAAGAAACCUUCAACCCGCACACCUCCUUCGUCUUCACCACAGACCCAACAGCCCUAACCUGGCUCCGUCUCCAAGCCGGCCUACGCUACCUCCUCGAGCGCACGGUCCCCUGGCUCCCACAGAGCAUGUGGUGGACAGUAUUCAUGGAGUCACGGGAUCCAUCCCUGGACUUCGAGGAUAAACGUCCUGGCCGUGUUGAUCUUGAUCCGAAUUUGGCGGAUCUCUGUGGGAUUGGGGAUGAUUCGACUGUCGAGUCGAAUGCGUGUUUGUGGCCUUUGCGUAUGCUUAUGGGGUUGUUGCCGUUUGAGAGGACGACGGAGAGUUUUAAGGUUUAUAAUACUUGGAUGGGGAGGCUGGAGAAUCCAUUCUAUGAAUGUUUGCUUAGGAAGGAGCCGGGUGCGCUGGUUUUGUUGGCUUGGUGGUUGGGGCUUAUGUGUUAUGUUGAGGAGUGGUGGGUUGAGAUGAGGGUUCGGUCGGAGUGUACGGCUAUCUUUGUUGGAGUUUCCGGCAUCGUGUUGUGGGUAUUUGCUUAA